AUGGCGCGUUUCAAGUGGUGCCUGCCCCUUCCCCUAUUUCUCCCCCCCCCCCCUCCCCAAUUCCCCAAUCUCGCUCUGGCUGCAAGGUUCAUUAUGAGCUCAACCAACCAAGAGGCAGAGUCUUCCUUGUCACCAGAGAGGAAGCGUCCCCCACCCAGUGGUCCUCUAUCCAGCACUCUGAAUACCAUGUCUUUGCCCCUCACCACCCUAUCAUCCCUUCUGACAUUGCAAGAUGAUGAAGACAACAAGCCUAGACUGUCCAAGAUCUCUUGGCUGCCGGACAUCUUGGUCGUUCAGGGAUCUAUCAUUCCGACCGUCAUCGGACCCGUCCUCAGUGUGACCUUGUUCUCCGCGGGCGUGGCUGCUGCUGCUCUGGUGUAUGGCAAGGAGGUUGGUUUGACGAAUAAUGUCGGGCAUGCUGGUGCCGCCCGAGCUUAUACUGUCGCAGUCCCAUUACUGUCGGUGGUCGUAGCUCUGUUACUCGUAUUCCGCAACUCUUCUGCCUAUGAAAGAUUUGCCGAAGGCAGAAAAGACUUCACCUCCCUCAUUUCCAAUUCGAGAAACUUGUCCCGUCUCAUUUGGGUGUCUGUAUGUCUGCCCCCGUCAAGUCCUGUUGGAACUCCGCCCCCGAUAAGUCGUGAUCGUCUUACAGAGGAGAAGAAACGUUUGAUUCGUCUCAUCGUCGCCUUUGUGAUAGCUACAAAACAUCACCUUCGAGCAGAAGGUGGCGUGCAUCAUGAAGAUCUUCAAGGUUUACUCCCUCCCCGACUUGCCGGGUCUAGUCUCAAUCGCCUCAAGACCGCUACUGGACCUGGCCAUGCCCAGGAGGACUUUGUCACCUCUCCUCAGCCUAUAGAGACGUCAUUGCCCCCCACGCCAGGGGCAGGACCGGCCUCAGAUCCGAUGGACGAGGAAUCCUCCGUCGGACUCAGUAUACGGUCACUUCGCCUUUCUACCAGUCAACAGUCCAUGGGUCUGACUCCCGGGAGUGCAUUCUCGGACAACACCUUUGACAAGCCGUCAUUCAAGCAACGUGCUAUGAAACACCUUCACCCGGGUCGUUCAGCUUUGAAGCGACGUCCAACAAACGUUCGCGUCAUCGAAGAUGGGGAUCCUCGAAGGGAAGAAGAGACACAUACCAAACAUCCAAAUGAGAGAACACCGUUGAUCAAACCUGGGGUCAAACCAGAUAUCAGAAGAAAAAGUGAGGCAACAGAUGUGAAAAAGCGUGCCGAAGCUGGUUUAGGUCGGAUGGUUGAGUUAGGUCUACCUUUGAUCAUCCGUACAAUUUUCCGUUUUAGACGCAUGGGAUGUCUUGAAGCGGUUGGUCCGGCUGGUAUGAACGCAAUGCAGGGUCUGGUACAAGGUAUGACCGAUCAGCUAGGAAGCAUGGAGAGAAUCGUCCAAACACCUUUACCUGUAAUAUUUGGUAUUCAUCUUAAACAGACCGUCACUUUAUUCCUUUUCAUCCUCCCUUUCACCUUGGUGGAUGUGAUGGGAUGGAAAAUGGUGGUCAUCGUCACAUGUUGCGCAUUCACCAUGAUGGGCGUGGAACAUAUCGCCGCCCAGGUCGAAAUGCCUUUCGGAGAUGACCCGUGUGAUUUGAACCUUGAUUUGUACUGCACUGAGCUGCUUUGCGAGUGCGAAGCUUUGUUGGAACGACUGCCAGAAGGUGAUGAAGACGACGAGGUGAUUUUCGAGCGUUCGUCGGAUCAGAAGAUGGAAGACGAAGCUGCGGAUGAUGGUGGGGACUGA